AUGUAUAUCUUACUAUUUACUUCUUUGUUAAUACACAUAGGCGCAGUUCCCAUCAACACAGUGCAAAAAGCUGCAGAAAAUGACUUUGAGAAACUUGAUAACUAUUUACCCAAAAUUGGUGACUUUCCCAAAUUUCAUUACGCCACUUUCGGAGAAAAUACUCGCAGCGACGAUGACCGCUUGAACGUAAUUGAUUUCAAGAGUAACCACAAGGAAAAUUCCCAAAGUGACCAAAAGGAAAAAGCGAAAACUUUUGGCGGUGUAUUAGAUUUUGUAAGCGAGGGUGCAUCCGCGGGAAUGGAUCUUUUAAGAGAUAUUACAAGCAUGUUCGUGUCAACAAGAAAACCUGAAACUGGCGAUGGCGACCAUGAAACAACAGUACCUUAUGAAACCACAACGGAAGAACUGACAACAAUAAGUCUUGACAAAAAGUAUCAAUUAGAUCCAGUAUUGUUGGACGACGGUGAUAACAGUACUUCAAAUAGAACAAUAAGGCAAGAAUCGAAUGAAGUCGAUAUCGAUGUUAAUAAUAAUGGUACCAAUAAUAAACAGAAAGAGAGUCAAGAAAGUGAGGAAGAAGAGGAAGAGGAACCUGACAUGAUCACCGGAUUAAUAUCAGCUUUUUUGGGUGGCUUAAGCAGACCUGAUGGAAGCGUGGACGUCGAAGCUAUUACUGGUUUGCUGGGAAGUUUAAGUACCCAAAACGAUGAUGGUACUUAUGAUUUUAACGGACUCACCGAACUUUUGAUGAGCUUCUUUGGGGGAACCGGGGAAGAUGGAGGUGGUUCAAACUUUGGAGCCUUCUUGGGAGGGCUUCUAGGUGCUUUCAUCAAAGGCGUCGCUAGUCCUCCUGGAGCGAAAGGAGCAGGAAUUUUCCUAGGAAAUCUUUUAGGUGGAGUUUUGCCGGGAUUGAGCGCACCGGCGCCCACUGAAGAAGGAGAACCUCAAAAACCGCAACCGCCGUUGGAUUCUGGUGGUUUUCUUGGCGGUUUGUUAUCUUCAGUUUUUGGCAACCUUGGUGGUUUGAGCGGAAAUAGUGGAGGAGACAAUGCUGGAGGGGGUGGCGGCAACAAGUUUUCACUUUUCAAGGCGAUUUUUUCUGGGAUUACGUCAGUUUUUUCAUCAUCCUCUGCAAGUCCCUAGGUAGAAGAACCGUUAUUAUUUAAAUUAU